AUGCCUUUUAUGGGGAAGUUCGUCACUUUCGACGCCAGACGACCAUGCACGCAGUUCGCUCCUGUUUCGUCGAUACCGGAUGUUUGUCGUUCGACCGGCAUUGAAUCUUGCUCGGGACCAGCGCAUCCCAGCUUACUGGCACUUCUGCCACGGAUCAUUAUUCAGUCCAUCCGUUACUCGACGCAUCCCAUCAAGUGGUCGCAUUGCAACGUUUUCCAGCAGAACAAGCUCACGGUCAAUCUACUCCCGGGAACGGCGGGCAUCCUUUCGGCGUCCAUUUGCGGUAACCAGGCGUACGAACUGUUCGGUCUGGCGUUUGGUAGCAAGGGCAGGUCGGCCCUUAUCGCCGCAUUCACAGCCGUUGGCAAGUUCCGCUAUGGCAUACAGGAACCGACUCUCAAGAUCUUCGACGACAUGCCGGUGACGGAGAAAGUGCUGCAUCUGUUUUUCGACGUCCUUCCCGAGUUCCCUCAAAAUGGAGGCUUCGCUUUAUAUGUGGAUAGUGACACAUUUAAUCCGACUGGUGUGAAAAAGAGCAGGCUCGAGCGGUUCAAUUACUAUCUGCACACACGUGCCGGUCAACAUUCCUCCGGUGCAGCGACAAGCGAUGAAAACGACGGAGACGAAUGUUUAGCGCGAUUUUUAAUGCCCGGAAUAGCUAAAAACAUGGCGAAAUUACGAGCCAAAAUGCGUGGGCAAUCCUAGCGUCCUUGAUAAAAUUGGUUUCUGUUAUUCUAUUUUGUUCAACUAAAUAGAUAUUUUUACAUUUGAGUCUAUUUCGUGAAU